AUGGCUGAAAAUAAGCAGUUCCUUGCGGCCGCCUAUAUGGGCCUUAUGGCAGAUCUGGGGCGCCAUCGCCAGGAGGAGCUUCCGCUCAGCAACGAGCAGCGUAAAUUCCCAAGUUAUGAUCCCCUCCAGUCGCGCACGCACUACAAGAAGGUCUCCGUAAAAAAAGCAAAGGAAACAUCGACUGCCUGGUCAAAUUGCAUAAUAAAGGAUGAAGAAACAGAACAGAUGGAGGGUCUGGAACUGUCGGAAUGUCCAUGGCGGCCUAACAACCCACCACCUGGCAUAUCGGCGCGCCACCAUGGCCUUGCCCCCGAUAAACCUCGCAAAGUCAGCGCACCCAAACGUCCGUUGCAAGAUAACACUAUUUCCUUUGCACCUGUCAACAAGGAGGUGCAGAAGAAGCCGGAGCCAGAGAAAGAGUCACAGCCCGUGGAAAAGGCCAGCGCUAAACGGGAUGAUUCGAUCAAUCGCGAUCAAAAUUCCGCAGCUAGCAACGACAACCUUUCGGGGCAGGAUUGUCUCACGAAGUGUGUUUUUCAAAAUGGCAAAGGCUUCAAUGGAGAGGAUAUUCCCGUUGCCUACUUCGGGACUUUCAUGAAUUAUCCUGGUAGCGGUGGCCCGGAGGACCCUUUUACGGUCGAUUUUGAGAUCAAGGUCAAAGUUUCUCCCCCGAGUGCCUGGCUCCAUCUUCAUGCCAGGGGGGGUAGGAGAGAGCAUGAUAUUUCUCUACUCGAUACUCCACAGAUGGUGAACCAAUUCUGUAUUCUAACAACUAAAGGUGGCCCAAAUGCCAAGUACUUUCUUGAGUUCGCGAACUUGACGGCGACGAAGCUCUUUUCCGACUGUGUACACAACACUCAGAAGUGGCUGACGCACACUCGAGAAAAUGCUAUCCCCGAAGCAGGAUCAACAACACCACCGGCUGUAGAGACAGAAGUUUCUCCCACUGCAAAACCUGACACAGGCGAAGCACUCUCGGCUGGAAAACCAAAGGUUCUCCCAACCGCAAAACCAGAGGUUCCCCCUACUGCAAAGCCCGACACGGACGAAGUUGAAGCCGAGAACAACCAUCAAGAUCACGAGUCCAAGGAAAACCAUCCAGAGCAGUUCAUCAACAAGGCAGAGAACCAGUCUGAAGUUCUACCCAAGGCCGAUCAAGAAACAGAACAGAAUCCAAAUGGGGUAGCCGAGCAGAAGGAAGCUUUGCAUACUAGCGAGGAGACAGCGUGCCUUAUCAGCAUCGCAGAAUCUCUUGCCCCGAACACUUCGGAGAAGAAAGUUUCAAAUUCCGCCGCUCGCAAGGGCACCGAGAAGGCAUUUGAUGGGUUGUGGGAGGCAGCCGGGGCUCUGUUUUCCACAAUGGUUUCAGCAGGGGAAGGCCAGCGGAAGCAGGUUCAUGAGGAGAUAGAGGAGGCACUGGAGGAGAAAUGGCGGGAAAACAAGAUACCAGAGACUUACAGCAAGGUCAAGGAUGCCUUUCUCACAAACCUCCAGUCAUUCAUCGAUAUGAGAUUCGAUCUCAUCAAACAAGUCAUCCAAAUGACCAAUCAUUCGACAAGUCAAAAUGUUCCAGAAUCGAUGAAAGAGUUUCUCAAGCCGAUUUGCUAUAGGCCCGAGGACCUCGAGCACCUCAGACCAAAUGCUACGGACUGUCCCGAGGGCAUCAAGAAGGCCAAGUUUCUACCAGAGAAAAGGGUUGCAAAGGCACUUCCAUCGCCAAGAAGUAAAGGCUACUUUGCCAAUCGUGAAGCUCCUGAUCCGUCCACAGUUAGCAAGCUCUGGUCGACAGCGCCCCUUUUGACAGAGAAUCAAGUGUUGAUACAGGGUGCUGCUGCAACUGCGGCGAAUCAUGGGUCUGCCGGAGAGCUUGCCUCCCAAAUGUCAGAUGCGCCGCCUGCUUCCUCUCACGUGGUUAGCACCCCCCAGGCCACAAGGACUAGGCCGCCACCCCGUGGCCUUGGCUCUUCGAUGUUUGCCAAUAUAUAG